AUGUGUCCUGUGUGGCUAUUGGUGGCUGUGGUGGUUGUGGGCGUGGCCAGAGGAGCUGCGAGUCAAUGCUGGGAGCAUCCGAGCUGUCGGGAGCUGAAGUCUGAAAGCAACAUGAUGGAGUGCAUCCAGCUGUGCCACUCGGACCUCACUGCCGAGACUCCCGUCAUCCCAGGCGACGCCCACCUCCAACCUCUUCCUCUCUCAGACCCCUCGUCCUUCAUCCUUGCUUCCUCCUCCUCGCCUCAGGUCAAGCGUUCCUACUCCAUGGAGCACUUCCGCUGGGGGAAGCCUGUCGGCCGUAAGCGCCGCCCAGUUAAAGUCUACACCUCCAACGGUGUGGAGGAGGAGUCUGCCGAGGUGUUCCCUGGAGAGAUGAGGCGGCGGGACCUGGGUGAGUUACUGACAGCAGCAGAAGAGGAGCAGAAGGAGCAGGAGGUGAUGGAGGAGGCGGAGGAGGAGCAGCAGCAGCUCCUGGGCGGCGUCCAGGCCAAGAAGGACGGUUCCUACAAGAUGAAGCAUUUUCGCUGGAGCGGUCCACCGGCCAGCAAACGCUACGGAGGCUUCAUGAAGAGCUGGGACGAGCGCAGCCAGAGGCCACUGCUCACGCUGUUCAAAAAUGUCAUCAACAAAGAUGGACAGCAGCAGAAGUGA